AUUCUAGCACAAAUUCUCGCUCAACAUCCUUUCACUGAAAUCGCCUCGGUCUUGAUCUGCUACUUCGACUUUCCAUAUCACUAGCAUACUGGGCUAUCUACAGUCAGACUCUAAACUUCGACAUCCACACCACAAUGGCGCUAAACGCGUACCUUAACAAGAAAGUAUCCGUACUGACCCUCGAUGGGCGAACCAUGGUCGGCACGCUCUUUUCCUGCGACGGCUCCAUGAACCUCGUUCUAGCCGACGCAUACGAACGCAUCAUCCGACCGGCAGACGAAGGCGUACCGAGCGAAGAAGUGCCUUUGGGGCUGUACAUUGUGCGCGGUGAUAGUGUCGCUGUGUGUGGACGCGUGGACGAGGACGUUGAUACCAAGAUUGACUGGACGAAGGUGCACGGAGAAGUUUUGGGGAGUACGAGGCACGUGUGAGGUGUCAAGCGGCCAGGGAUGUUGGAUUGAGAUGGACCCCAGUACUGAGACCGUCAGGCCGAGGUUGGCGUUGCGACGCGUCGCAAGACGGAGCCAAGCUGGGCACGC